AUGACGAGCGCACAGCCCAAGGCCGUCCUCUACACCUUCGACGGGUCCGUGUGGGGCAGCGCGCCCCGCCUCGCCCUCGUUGAGAAGGGCUACGCCGACCAGGACCUCGAGAUCAAGAUUGUCGACCUCGCAAAGGGGGAAAACUUCUCGCCCUCGUACCUGCGCAUCAAUGCAAAGGGGACGGUGCCCAGCCUCGUGGUCCCCAUCCUCGAGACGACGUCGGCAGAGGUCGAUACCAAGUUCCGCGCCCUGACCGACUCGAAGCCCAUCCUCGAGUUCCUCGACAAGUCGAGGUCGCAGCCUAUCCUUGACUCCAAGGGCGAGGGCCUGGCGGGCGCACCGGCUCCCGUCCUGGCACCCGCCACCAUCGAGGGCAAGGCGCUCUCGGACGAGAUUAUCAAGCUGGUCCACGCCGACACGGCCAACCCGAACAAGCUCUUCCUGGGAGCCCGCUCGGUCGAGGAGCUGCAGAAGCAGAAGCAAGGCUUUGUCUUUGACUUUGUCAAGAACAGCACGGGAGCGCUGCAGAACUACCAGCGCGAGAUCGAGAGCGCCUCGACCGCCACGGCCGACGGCUCGUCGAACCCGCGCUCGUCGGCGACGGUCGAGUCGCUCAAGAAGUGGUACUCGGACAAGCUGGCAUCGCAGUCGGUGCUGCGCGCCGCCUACCUCGACAACGACGCGUCGGCCGCCGAGACCCUGGUCCAGGAGACGCGCGCGCUGUGGCACGGCAUCGCCACCGCCGUCGAUGCGCUCGAGUCGCGCAUCAAGGGCCCGCUCGCCCUCGGCGACCAGAUCAGCCUGGCCGACCUGCACAUCGUCCCCUGGCUCGCCCGCGUCCUCACCGUGUGCCGGGGCUACGCCGAAGGCGCCUCGGUCGCAGACGACAUCGACGCUCUCGACGCCGCGCUCAAGUCGCAGGGGUUAAGCGGACACAAGACCGCCGCCGCCGGCGUCGGACCCAAGCUGCGAGAGUUCUGGGCCACGAUGAAGCAGCGCCCGAGCUUCCAGGCCGUCUACGGAGCAGGCCUGCACUGA